AUGCCAGCAGCAAAGAAAUUCGUGCCGCGGCAGCGCAAGCACAAGGCCCGGGCGCGCGAGGCCCGGGAGGCCGACGAACGCGCCAAUGCCGGUGACAGAACGGGCGACGGCUCGCGGACGCGGACGCGGGCCACCGACGUGGUGGACAGCAAUGCCACCACCAUCGUACCCGAAGAGCAGCGGGCCCGCAACGAGAAAAAGGCGCAGCUGCGUGCGGAGCUGCGUGCGGGCCAGGCCACGCAGAUGAGCGCGAAAAAGGCGAAGCGGCUGGAAAAGUACAUUGAGACAAAACUGCGCAAAGACGAGAGCCGCGCGCUCAACGAAAAACUGGCGGCACACAGCGUGGACCCGGCCAUUUUCGAGAGCAGCCGGGACCUGGGCAAGGGCAAGAAGCGGCGGCGGGCCGAACAGGCGAAGCAGCGGAGUGUCGUUCGGCAAGGCGGGGAUAGCGACGAAAGCGACAGUGAUAAUGAAGAGGAGGACGAUGAGGAGAAGGACGUACCAAUGGCCAAAAUUGGGACCGGGGCGAGUGCAGCACCUGCUCCAGCACCAGCUCCAGCACUGUCGACCGGCAGCUCGCUGUUCGGCUCCGGAUUUGCGGUUGGCUCGGGCCUCAAGCGACCGCUCGACCUCGACGACGACGGGCGGCCGAUCCUCAAGAAGCGCAAGAAGCGCGGUGGCGUCAAGUCCAAAUUCAACGUGGAAACGGUCAAGCAGCCGCAGCCGACUUUUACCAUAACACGACGGGACAGAGAGAGCGAGGAUGAGAGCGAGGACGACGGUGCAGCCAUCGACCACAGUGGAGAGGAGUGGGGUGGACUGUCGGACGAUGACAAGGAGACAAAGGGAUACGAGGAGGAGGAGGAUGGCGAUGACGACGAUGAUGAGGAGAGUUCGCAGGACGAGGAUGAAGACGACAGCGACGACGACGACGACGACGACGACAGCGAAGGCAGCUCGGACCCUGAAGAGACCCGUCCCUCAGCCUUCAAAGCUUGGGCGCAAGCACAGCGCAACGAGGCACUCGGUUUCAAAGGCGCCACGGGCGAGACGACCACGACGUACGAGUUCCCCGUCGUCCACGACUUCGAACCACGACCUGUCGAGGCCGAGCCACUGCCCGCCAGCCUGCAGCCCACCCAGCGCCUCGACCGCAGGGCUUUCCACGUGGACGUGUCUCGGACGCCCGAGGUCGAGAAGCAGCGCAUGGAACUGCCCGUCGUCGCCGAGGAACAGCAGAUCGUCGAGGCCAUCCACGAGCACGACAUUGUCAUCCUGUCGGGCGGCACGGGCUCCGGCAAGACCACGCAGGUGCCGCAGUUCCUGUACGAGGCGGGUUUCGGCCACGCGGCGUCCGAGUACCCGGGCAUGAUCGGCGUGACGCAGCCGCGUCGUGUGGCGGCCGUCAGCAUGGCGCGGCGCGUGGCCGAGGAGCUGGGCCCCGAGCACGGCAAGGCGGUGGCGUACCAGAUCCGGUUCGAGAGCAGCGUGUCGAGCAGCACGGCGAUCAAAUUUAUGACGGACGGCGUGCUGCUGCGCGAGCUGAGCGAGGACGUUGCGCUGCGCAGCUACUCGGCCGUGCUGAUCGACGAGGCACACGAGCGCAGCAUCAACACGGACGUGCUGAUUGGCAUUGUCAGCCGCGUCAACACGAUCCGGGCCGAGAUGAAUGCGCGGCACGCCGACGACACCGACGACACGAGCACCAAGCCGCUGAAGCCACUGAAAAUUGUCAUCAUGUCUGCCACGCUGCAGGUGGCCGACUUCGCCAAGAACCGCGCGCUCUUUGCGGAGCCCCCGCGCAUGGUCCACGUCGAGGGCCGCCAGUACCCCGUGACGGUGCACUUUGCGCAGCACACGCACCACGACUACGUCGCGGAGGCCUUCCGCAAGAUUGUGCGCGGCCACCGCAAGUUGCCGCCGGGCGGCUUCUUGGUGUUUUUGACGGGCGAAGACGAGAUCCAGCGGCUGGCCAAGCAGCUGCGGCUGGCCAUUGACGGCGUGCACACGGCCACGGGCCCCAAGGUGCGGCUGUCGACGUCGGAGAUGGCGUACGAGACGGAGGACAUUGAGUUUGGCGGCGGCCUGGGCGACGAGAACGGAAAAGACGCCAAGCAUCUGGACGGCGAGGACGACGAGGAGGACGAUUACGACAAAGACAACGAAGACGACGACGACGCCGAUGACGACGACGGCGGCGAGGAGGAGUUUGUGCCGGACGAGGGCGAGACGGCAGGCUCUGGCCCCAAGAACGUACAGAUCCUGCCGCUCUUCUCCAAGCUGUCCACCAAAGACCAGCAGCGCGUGUUCCAAGACGCGCCCGACGGCGCGCGGCAGAUCAUCCUGGCCACCAACAUCGCCGAGACGAGUCUGACGAUUCCGGGCGUGCGCUACGUCUUCGACUGCGGCCGCGCCAAGGCGCGCACGUUCAACAAGCAGACGGGCGUGCAGAGCUUCGAGGUGGGCUGGAUCAGCAAGGCCAGCGCGAGCCAGCGCAGCGGUCGUGCCGGCCGCACGGGACCGGGCCACUGCUACCGGCUGUACUCGUCGGCCGUCUACGAGGAGAACUUUGCCGAGUUUGCCGAGCCCGAGAUUCUGCGGAUGCCCAUUGAAGGCGUCGUGCUGCAGCUCAAGUCGAUGCACGUGCCCAGCAUCAGCGCGUUCCCGUUCCCGACGCCGCCGGACACGGGCAGCAUCCUGCGCGCCGAGCGGCUGCUGAUGUACCUCUCGGCGGCUAGCAAGACGGACGACGACGCCGCGGGCCGCCGCCGCGCGAUUACGCCGCUGGGCCAGCUGAUGAGCGCGUUUCCGCUGUCGCCGCGGUUUGCCAAGAUCCUGAUGGUCGGCCACCCGGGCGGCUGCAUCCACUACGUGAUUGCGCUGGUGGCGGCCCUGUCGGCGGACGAGGUGUUUGUGCGGCCCAACAAUGCCAUUCCCGCAGCGUCGGCGACGGCCAAGUCGCCGGCGGACAGGGAGGAGGACGGCGAGCAUGCCGACAGCGACGCCGAGACGACGAAGCCCCGUGUUCGGACGCAAGAGGACAUUCGGCAGGACGAGGCGCGCCGGCGGACGGCCGAGCUCUUCCGCAAGGUGCACCGGCAGUUCACGUCGCUCGACGACAAGUCGGACGCGCUCAAGCUGCUGCAGGUCGUGGGCGAGUUCUCGCACGAGCCGACGGAGGCCUGGUGCCGGGGCCACUUUGUGCACUACAAGGCGCUGCGCGAGGUCCAGAAGAUGCGCCGCCAAAUCACCAACCUGCUGCGCACCAACGUGCCCGUGCACGCCGCCGCCAACCUGACGUACCAGGAGCAGCUGCCGCGGCCGACGGACGUGCAGAUCCGGCUGCUCAAGCAGAUGGUCGCGGCCGGCUUUCCCGAGAACAUUGCCCUGCGGGCCGAUCUGUCGCCGAAUCCGCCGCAGUACACCAACGCGGGCGGCGCUGUCCACAAGCCGCGCCGGGCCAUCGAGGUGCCGUACCGCACGCUGUUCCCGGUGCCGUCCGAUGGCGGUGCCAGCGGCGGGGGCCACGCGUCGCGGACCGAGUUUGUCUACAUCCACCCGUCGUCGCCGCUCGCCCACAUGACCGUCGCCGAGUGCCCGCAGUACGUUGUCUACUCGCACCUGCAGCGCACCGCGCCCAGCCCGGACAUGGACGCGGCGGUGUCGCUGCCCAAGGUGCGCAUGCGGGCGCUGACGGACAUUUCGGGCCUCCAGCUGGCCAGCCUGCUCCAGGGGACGCCGCUGCUCGCGUACGGCAAGCCCAUCAAGGAGACGUUCCGGUCCGACGACGGCCGCGAGCGCGAGUGCUGGGUGGUGCCGACGCUGCAGGCGGACGACGGCAGCGGCGUCGGCGGCAUGGGCUGGCCGUUGCCGGCCAUUAAAGUGCGGCAGCGCAAGGUGCCGGGGCAGGGCUGGGAGAUGGUAGGGAAGUAG